UACCAGCGAUUAGAGAUCAGUUAACCCCCUCCUCUUUGUCGCUGGCAUGUUUGCUCAACAACUACAACUUCCUUUUUGUCCAGAUAUGCACGCGACCACUAAACACUCACAGACCUUUAUAAACUCAAUAUUCUCACUCAUCCUAUUACCAUUCAUCCUGAAAAAGGCUAUAUCGGAUUGUCACAAGAAAAAGGUGAAGAUCUUCCAUUCUCAGCCAAUCAAGCAGCAGGCUGGGACACCUACGACUAAGAGAAAGACUCUAUGGACUGAUGGGUAUGACCUCACGACUUGCAAAACUUCAGAAGUGGUACAACUUCAAAUAUAAGCCGAGAAAAGAUUAGAUCAUUCCUGAGCUAAAACCUGCCCACCUGGAUGUCUUUUGUACUCUGACCUCCCCUGGCUUAUCAUUUACGCAAAGAGGACUUUCACCAUUAACACACCUGGAGAGCAUUCCGAAGUGCAAGGAGUUUACACCGCAAUGGAUUAACAAGAAAAUAACAAAGAUUCAAGUUCUCCUCUAAGGAUGGCAGAAUGCCUUUGAGGAGCACCAAAUCCUAAGGAUUCACUGUGAAAACAGGACAAAAACAGGAAUACCAAGAACUCUAACUUGACAGGAUUCAUCGAGAUGCCAUUGAGAACAUCACUGCACAGAAAAUCCAGUCAUUGGUCCAGCAGGAAGCGGAGAGAGGUGCUUUCAGUUAACAUGAUCAGCUUGCCACUCGAUGAUUUCCGCCAUAUUUCUCAUAUUGGAAUUGAUGCUCAGAAGGACAGCUUUGGGGAUUUAUCCUUUCUGAAGAUGAGCCACAACUUGCUCCGGCAAACUUCUCAAAGUGAGCAGAACCUCAUCCUGGCCUGCUCGCCUCCUCCAAAGCCUCCUCGUUUGAAUCUGGAUGGAAAGGGGGAUUUGCAAAGCCAUGAUUUGUGUGUAAACCAGAAGAAGACGAAAUGCAGCUCUUUGCCACUACUGGACAGUGAGGAAGACGGCAAGCUUGACAAGGAGGAAGAGUACCAAAGAGACAUUGUUUCCAGCCAGACUGACGGGCCUGGACGAGGCAGCGUUAGCUCAGGCGUGGGUGGAGCAUCUAAAGAGAGCUGUGACAAAACUACAGAACAGAUGGACGAGGACAGUGGCUUCUCAUUCAGCGUUGACCUGGGCCCUUCCAUCCUGGGUGACAUUCUACAGGUGAUGGAUAAACUACAUCACUGAAGAACAAUGCUGGGAAUAUAUGGUAAAAGUCAUUGUGAGGACACAACUCUGAUGUGCUAACAUCAGAUGGUUAUUGUUCAGAUGUACCAAGGAUUUCUUUAUAAUAAACAUGAACUACUCUGUUGAAACACAUUAAAAUGUGUUAAAACUGCAGCUGAAAAAUGAACAGUGUACGGGAUCAAAGCAAGUCUUUUAAAUCGUCCAUAUGCUAAACUACGCAACCCUGAGAUUGUUGUGUUUAAGAAAAGAAAAGCUAAAGCUGCAAUCCAAGCUAAUUGAGCUGUGAUGUCUCGGGUUUUGGCCUGCUUGCCAAUCUAUUCUGUUUAGAGGGCAAUUUCUACUCCACACGCAUCCCAGAGGCCCCACUGAUAGGUAGACCGAGGUACCCCCCAUCUCUAAUUCCCAACAGUGCAGUGAAAACAAACACUUAGCUCUGCUUCCAAUAAAAGCCAGCCACUGGUGGCAGGUUGGGCAGCAAACCAAACCAGGCCACAGGUCCAAGACCUUAAGAAGAAAAAAAAAGUGACAAAGAAACUGUUUUCUUAGCCGCAAAUCGGAAUCCGGUGCCCUGGUGGGUAGCGCAUGAAAAAGAAAGUGGUAACGGGUGACAUAAUACUUCCAUACACGCAGGGUGUUAUGAGGGAGAAGGCCCAGAGACAUCCAUUAGACCAGCAGCGGUCCUGAUGGGGGUUUAAACACUACCUUCUGAACAAAUACAACCUGAACACGGAAGAUACACAUGCUGCAUCUCACGAAAAACACAAGUGACAGUAAACACAUGCGUGUACAUCUUUGCCGAUAAUUAAAGUCCACUUUAGUGGAAGGGGUCACAUGAUGCUGUGCAGUAACUUAACAUGUACCCUGGACCAGAAGAUUUGUGCCCCAGAGGUCAUGGUGCUAAACAUGCUAACCACAAGUGUCCCCUUUUGGGCAAUAAAUUGAGAUUUAUGUCCAAAUGGAAGAAGCAAUCUUUUGUGGAUACAUGUGAGCUGGAUGUCAGUCUUGCACAGUUGAGAUCUCUGUUUCUUGCAUAUGUUUUCACAAUGGCUGUUGUGAAACAUUUGCAGCAUUGUAAAAUGUACCAUUUUGUACUUUGGUUAAGAAACAAAAAUUAUCCAACAUUUAAAUUCCAACACUGGUGGUUUUGUGGAUAAACUGCAUGAGAAUGUUUACAGACCCCGACGGCUGACAUUUCCUUGGGAAUUUACAGCUUGUUCCCCAAAAUCGAGGGUCUGGGCUUUGUUUCUUACUUAUCUCUACAAGUAUAUGUUUUGUUAUGUUGCUUUAGAGAAUUCCUGGUCUUGAACACAACAACACAAUAUUUCAUGAUUGGAAUACACAACAGCCUAAGCUAAAAGAGGCAUGUACGGCCUGAUUACCUACAACACUGAACAGAAAUGAUGUAUGCAUGCGUGUCACUGCUGCCCAAAGGCAUUCUUGAAUCAGGAUAAGGGUGUUGGUAACCAAGGUGUGUUGGGAAGUUGGUUAUUCACAAAUGUCAUUUUUGACAACUGAAAAACAUCGUAUAAACUCUAACAGUAAUGAAACAUGUUGUUCUGCUGACUGUAAGAGCUCCAAUUGUGCAUUUUUCUGCUUUUUCUUGAAAUAAUCAAUUUCACUGACCAUAACACUUCAAAUCUCAUGUACAAAUUAAAUCAGUCAAAACUCAGAUUUAUGUUGAGUUAAUUAUGCAAAAUUAAGUUUAUCUGACUGUAAAAGCCAUUUGUACACUGCAAAACUGUCCUUUGAAAGGUCUAUUCAUAUAUAUAUUGCCAAUCUCCUUCCAUAAAUCUAAACUUUAGUUUUAGGAUGAAGUCCUGUGAGGUGAAUGUUUGUCCUUUUUGAUCCUUCACUUGCAAAUGUGUUUCUGUAUAACAUUCAUUUCCAGAGAAGUGUUUUGGAUGGCAUUACACAGGUUUACACAUCGAAGAUACUUUUGUCAAAAUUGUUUGUUUUUGCAAUGUCAAUAAAAUGAAUAAACCAGA